CCGCCCCACGCCAGGCGCUCCAGCCUCACCUGGGAGCGCAGCGGAGCGGAGCGGGGCGGGACGGAGCGGGAGAGCACCAGGCAAAAUGUGCGACAAGCCAGACCUCUCGGAGGUGGAGAAAUUCGACAAGAAGAAGCUGAAGAAAACCAACACGGAGGAGAAGAACACGCUGCCCUCCAAGGAGACUAUCGAGCAGGAGAAGGAAUGUGUGAAGUCUUCCUAGAGCGAGGUGGCCUGGCAGGAAGAGCUACCACUUGAUUUAUUUUUUUUUUUUGUGCUUUGAAUGAAAUCAUGUGUUUUUUUUAAAUUUACAUCAUGUACGUGUAUAGAAAACAGCUGCAUCACCUAACCCACUGUCCCACCUUGCUGGCAGCUUUGGCGGGUGGGGGUAACAAAGGGUGGCCCCCAUUAAAGUCCAUCAACAGCCUGACCCAACCCUGUCUCUGCCACUCAGUCGACUCCCGUUGACAGCGCUGAUCUCGCUCCAGUGCAGUGGGGAGAUGAGCAAGGGCUAUGGAGGCUCCUGGGGAUGGACCUCUUCAGCCUGGGGGAGUGGGGAACCUUUCUGACCUGGCCUGUGGCCUGGGUCUGUCUUGCAUACUUCUUCACUGACGGUGUUCUGUAGCCUCACAGUUUUUUUGUCUUCCUUGGGGGAAAAAUGAGAAGUUUAUUAUAAAAUAAAAAAUGUAAUGACCUA